AAUGCGAGGGAACUGGGAGCCCGGAAUUGGGCUACUCCUGUUCCUAUUCCUGUUCCUGCUCUGCCACCUCCAAGUAACCUUCUCCACGGAGACCACCCUACGGAACGGCACAACCGCCAGUUGGAGGAGCGGCGCUGCCCGGAGAAGCGCAAAAGCCACCUGUUCUCAAAGAUUCCUGCCGGAGAUUCUUCCCCCGCCAGCUACCUGCCCGCCAGAGAUCCUCAGCCUAGGGGGCACCGUGUACAUCCUCUACGACGUCAACAUCUCCGAGGGCUUCAACCUGCGUCGCGAUGUCUACAUUCGCCUGGCGGUCUUCGUGCGGCGGCUCCAAAAGCUUCAAAGGAAUCGCCGGCGCUUCCGCAAUGUGCGCCUGGUGCUGCCGCCCUGGCCACGCCUCUACCACUGGCACUCGCAGGGGCUGCAGCAGGACGACGGCCUGCCCUGGAGCCACUUCUUCGACCUGGACAGCCUGCGGCGCUACGCACCGGUGCUGGAUUACGAGGAGUACCUAGCAGAGCAGCGGCUCUUCGGUCAGCCUGGCGCCCCUUUGAUCCAUGUGGCGCACGCCUUCCGCCUGCAGCACUACGAGGUGAUGCUGGAGCAGGGCCACUUCCGGGACAAGUUCGAGCGCAUCGCGGACCAGCCGUGCAGCGAGUCAGCCCGCUCGGGUGGCCCCCUCUUGCUGCAUCGUCGGGAGCUGCGCGUCGGUCGCUUCCACUGCGUCCGCUUCCAGGGCAGCGCCGGGCUGCUGGAGCAGCUGCUCCUCCAGGCCAUCGACGAGGAUACGGCGGGGGAGGAGGACGCCCAGGACAUGCGCUCCUUUGUCCUGCUGAGCGCGGAAACUGUGCUCCACGAUCACUGGGGCGAUGAGCACUUUUGGCGCGCCAGACGCUCCAUGCGCUUCGCCCGGCGCCUCCAGCAGGUGGCCGAUGACUUCCGCCGGCAGGUGCUGGCCACCACUGCCUCCUCGGCUGGAGUCCAGCGGCCCGUCAUGUGGGAACUGGAGCGUGGAAAGCGGAAUGCCAGGGGCGGUGAUUACCUGUGCGCCCAUCUGAGGCGGGGCGACUUUGUGCGCUCGCGGGAGGCCACCACGCCCACGCUGAAGGCAGCCGCCCAGCAGGUGAAGCAGCUGCUGCGGGCGUACAACAUGACCACUGUGUUCCUGGCCAGCGAUGCCACGCCCUACGAACUGAUGGAGCUGAAGGAGCUCUUCCAACGAAGCUUCCGCUUCGUGCACUUUGCCCCCGAGUCGAACGGACAGCGCCGCGAGCUAAAGGAUGGCGGCGUGGCGGUGGUGGACCAGCUGGUGUGCGCCUAUGCCCGCUACUUUGUGGGCACCUACGAGAGCACCUUCACGUACCGCAUCUACGAGGAGCGCGAGAUCCUGGGUUUUAGCCAGGCCAGCACGUUUAAUACGUUCUGUAAGGCCCUCGGAGGCAGCUGCUCCCGCAACGCCGUCUGGCCAAUAGUGUGGGAUGCGCAGGGUGAUGGUGAUGGCGACGAAAGCGAGGAGGAUCCGUACUGAACUGAAACCGAAAACGAAAACGAAACCGAAACCACUGUGUUCCCGGUUAAGGAAACUACUCGAAUCCUAGGGUUAAGUGCUAAGGAAAUUCCGAACAAUCUGCGAUUGUGUACCAAAAAAUAAACCAAUAGCAUAUAGUUUACAACCUUCUAGUAGGUAAAUAUUUUGAAAA